GAGGAGAAGCCAGGAGGAGAUGAACUGAAGCACAGCGGCGGCCGCCGGACCACAGGACUAAGACAGCAAGACGCAGACAUCCUUCUUCCUCAUCACUUCUUUUUCCCGAGGGGAACUUCUUUCGUAAGCGGCCGGAGAGGACGGGACCAGCGAGGGCGGAGUUGUCCGAUAGCUGAAUUAGACUGAAUUUUUAGAAGGCGAAUAAACAUACAAACUCCCGUCAGCCGAUACUUCGGAAAACUGUAAUCAAGUGGAGAAAACUUUGCUUCUAAAAACGGACAAAGGACUUUCCUCAGGGGCUGAAACCAACAAAGACAAAAUCGACCAAUACUUUGAACAUUCGUAAUUCAAUCGAGAAGACUUGGCAUUUAAAAACUGGCACCAAGACAAAGAAACAAACUAAAAAGUGUUAGGAACACCAGAGAGCAGAUUAGGAGAGAGGGGGAGUAAGAGUGGGAGACAGCGAGAGAGAGAGGUUGAGAGAGAGACAAAGAGCCUGUACCAACCGCAGAAAUGUUCAUGCUCAUUCGAGAGUCGCCGUCCACUGGAGGAGCUGUAUCCACCGUGACACAGGAGAAGACUGCUAAGCAGGUGCAGGCAGCCAUCAGGAAGAAGAUGGAGAAGCAGAAGAGGAGGACCAGCGUGGCGGCCGCCAGCGGUGGAGGAGGAGGAGGAGGAGGAGAGGGUCACGGGGCCGGGGGUCGGAAGCCGCGUGGGCCCCAUGGGGUCCCACGGCGCCCCCCCGAGCCGCUGCCGGUGAUGGAGGACAGCGAAGCCCUGGAGGAUGAGCUCGACGAGAUGAUGACCGCGGCGCCCAGGAAGGAGAAGGCGGAGACGGAGCCGGAGGCGGAGACGGAGCCGGAGGCGGAGCUCGCCGACCUGCUGCCCAUCGUGGACUCAGUGUUCGGACAGGACAGAGAGCUGCGACCGGAGGAGAUUGAAGAGCUGCGCGAGGCGUUCGUGGAGUUCGACCGGAACAAGAAGGGCUACAUCAGCUGCGGGGACCUGGGCGAGUGCAUGCGGACCAUGGGCUACAUGCCCACCGAGAUGGAGCUGAUCGAGCUCAGCCAGCAGAUCUGUGGCGGUAAAGUGGACUUUGAGGACUUUGUGGAGCUGAUGGGCCCCAAAAUGCUGGCCGAGACGGCCGACAUGAUAGGCAUCAAGGAACUUCGGGAUGCGUUUAAAGAGUUCGACACCAACGGCGACGGGCAGAUCAACAUCAUGGAGCUCAGGGAGGCCAUGAAGAAGCUGAUGGGAGAGCAGCUGACCAACCGGGAGAUCGACGAGAUCCUCAGAGACGUUGACCUCAACGGAGACGGCCUGGUCGACUUUGAGGAAUUCGUGCGAAUGAUGUCACGUUGACUUAGUCCAGAUGUCGGAAAGUGUGGACGACCGGAAAAGUAGAUGGGAGUCUAUAACAUAACCCCUGGAAAGUAGAAGAGAUCAAACAGAGUUGUAGUAGACAUUUUUCUUGAUGCACUAGCGAGCAUUUUAUAGCGCUGUUUUUUUUUAUAAAGUUGCACUGAAAAGUAUAGCCUAGUUGCUCUGAAGAUACAGCGGGCAUUUUGCCCGACAUGUGGUGUAUGGAUAAUGUACAAGGGUGGUAGAGGGGAUUAGGUCAAAUGAGCCUUGUGAAACAGCUGUGGGACAUAUCAAAGCUUUAUAUAGACAACCACACAGUAUUUAUGUUUAAUUUUAUAAAUGUAUUUUUUGAUAUAUUCAUGUUUGUCGUUUGAGUGGAAAGCCUUGUUUAUAAAAUUCGAUGUUUUCUUUUUUUAAUAAAACAAAAUCAUUGAUGUCA